ACAAGUCACAUUGGGGCUUGCAUGCAGCUGCCUCCUCCUUGCCUAUAGUACUACCCAGGUGAAGAGAGGAGGCCUGGCCUCUGUUGCCAGAGAAGAUGGCCUCAACCCCAGCCUGUCUGCUGAUGCUCUGGCCACUGGUUCUGAUUCUCUGUGAUCCAGCAGAUUCCAUCAAGUUUCCUGAAGGCUUUGACCGGACAAACUUGCCACAACCACCUGAAUUCACAACACAACCUGAGAAAGAGAUUGUUUUGUAUCCCAUUGAUGAGGUUGUCCUGAAAUGGGAGGCUACUGGGAAUCCCUCAGUGACAUACCGCUGGACCAAGGACGGGGAACACUUUGAUCCAAACCGGGUGCGAGGGAUAGAACAGUGGAAAGAUUCAGGGAUUCUGAUCUUCAAUGCAAACAAUGAGAAUGUGCCGACCAGGCUCAAUGGGCUGUAUCGGUGUUACGCCAGCAACAUACUGGGCACCGCCAUGAGUUCUGAGAGCCACAUCAUUGUUGAGAAUGCACAGUGGCGAAAGGAGGAGGUGGCACCCAUCACAGCAGAAGAAGGGACCCACACAGUCUUGCCCUGCAACCCACCCACCAGUGCAGAUCCGCCUAAAAUCUAUUGGCUCAACAGCAGGAUUGAGCACAUCACCCAAGAUGAACGAGUCACUGUGGGCCAGGAUGGAAACCUCUACUUUGCCAAUGUACAGAUGAAGGACAGUCGACCUGACUAUAUCUGCAAUGCCCACUUCCAGGGCCCCCGACUCAUUAUCCAGAAAGAACCUAUUGAACUAAAAGUCAUCCCCACCAACACUUUCUCCCACCAGAAACCAAUUCUAAUUGUGCCAGACAGCACGCGCAAGAGCUAUGUGGCCCUGUUGGGAAAGCCCUUGGUACUGGAAUGCAUUGCAGCAGGACUCCCUACACCAUCAGUGGAAUGGAUCCAGCUGAACAGAUUGAACCCUUCACCUCGGGUGAUCUUUGAGAACUACAAUAAAACCCUUUCGAUCCCAACAGUGACAGAAGAUGAUGAUGGAGACUAUCAGUGUAUCGCUCAUAAUGAGCAUGGCAGUGUCCGCCACACCUAUACCGUUAACAUUGAGGCUGCUCCAUACUGGAUAAAAAUACCCACGAGCCAGAUCUAUGGACCAGGGGAGAAUGUCCGCCUGGAUUGUGAAGUUGAUGGAAAACCCAAGCCAAAAGUGUCAUGGAGCAUAAACGGGACUCCUCUAAAAGAUGUGAUGCCAGAUCCAAGAAGGAAGACCCAACCAGGGGCUUUAAUCUUCAGCGAGGUGCAGCCCAAUGAUACAGCUGUUAUCCAGUGCCAAGCCCACAAUAAGCAUGGCAGUAUCUUGGCCAAUGCAUACAUCCUCGUUGUCCGGUUGCCAGCAGAGAUCCUGACCCCAGAUGGUGUAGAGUAUGCUGUGGUGGAGAACCAAGUAGUGAUCCUACAUUGCAAGACUUUUGGGGCACCCAGGCCCAAAGUGCAGUGGUUUAUGGAAGACAUGAACCCUGCCCUAAAAGAUAAAAGAACUUUUAUAUUCACAAACGGGUCCCUGAAACUUCAGGAAGUCCAACGUGAAGAUGCAGGAAACUUCACGUGCUUUGCAGAGAAUGAUCAGAACAAUGUCUCCAUCACUGCCCGCCUGGUUGUCAAAGGAGCCACACAGAUUGAAGAGGGUCCUACCAACAUGGAAAAGGAGAAAGGUGAGAGUGUGACAUUCUACUGCAAAGUACUGUUUGAUGAGAGUAUUUCGAAGCGUGGUAUCCAAUGGCGCCUAAAUGGGGAAGAUAUUGAAGAAUCAGAUGACGAUAACAAAUACAUCAUCGGUGACACGUCGCUGACAGUCACCAACCUGGACUACUCUGAUCAAGGAAUGUACAGCUGCCUGGCCUGGACAGCCCUUGACUCUGUAGAAGAAAGCGCCAAGCUUUCGGUGUAUGGCACACCUGGCCCUGUGUCAAAUCUGGAGGUGCAGAGGCAGCAGAAUCAUCAGGUAAAGCUGACGUGGACACCUGGAGAUGAUCACAACAGAGCUAUAACGGAAUAUGCUGUGUUUUGUAAAGAAACCAAAUUUGGGUCAGCAGAAAUGGAAUGGUUAGCCACCGUCCCAGGAAACCAGCCAUGGGCCAUUCUUCAACUAUCUCCAUUCAGAAAUUAUAACUUCUAUGUAGAGGCCAGCAAUGACCAGGGGAAAAGUGAAUUAAGCAGCCAAUCUGCCAAUCAUGCCACAGAUCCUGCAGCACCUGAGCGAAACCCAGAGGAUGUUAGAGGAGAAGGAAAUGAAACCACUAAUAUGAUCAUCACCUGGACGCCCUUGGCUCACAAGGAGUGGAAUGCCCCAACACUGAGGUAUCGCGUGCAGUGGCGGCUAGAGAAUGAAGGCCAAUGGGAAGAGAUGGAAGUUGAAGCCCCUCCUGUGGUGGUGACAGAUACCCCUGUCUUCUCACCCUAUGAGAUCAAGGUGCAGGCCCACAAUGAUUUUGGCAAAGGGCCUGAACCUCAAAGUGAACAAGGUUACUCAGGGGAGGAUGUGCCUGAGGCUGUCCCGGAGGAUCUGCUGAUUGAGAUGAUCAACAGCACUACCAUCAAGCUUUCUUGGAUCCUUCCCAACAGAGAGAAAAUCUGGGGACACCUCAAGGGAUUCAAGGUGUAUUACUCCAGGCUGGGAACCCUGGCAGAACGUAGCCGUCGACAGGCCCAUCUUCACUUCCACUCCCACGGGGAACUGCUGAUUUUGGGGAAUGUGUCUGAAGUCACACUGGGGGGCCUCAGGCCCUGGAGCCGGUACCAGGUUCAGCUGGCUGUGUUGAAUGGGCGGGGGGAGGGGCCCCGCAGCGAGGCCAUGGAGUUUGUGACACCCGAGGGAGUACCUAGCAUCCCUGAAUCCUUUCAGUUGGACUAUCUCUCGGAGACAGCAGUGUUGCUAGAAUGGAUGCCUCCAAAAUUCCCUAAUGGGAAAUUACUGAGAUACGUGUUGGGAUACCAGCAAGCCAAUCAGACAGAGGUGGACAUCAGCAACAUCCACAUCCCACCCACCCAGUUAAGCCUCAAUCUCAGCGACCUUGACCCCCACACUCCCUAUAAAUUCUCCUUGUGGGCGGAAACCAAAGAGGGUCGAGGGGAAGUAUCCGUACUGGAGGAGCAUACAAUGCAUGAGUCAGUGAACUUGUCUUUUGUAAACAUCAGUGUGGGUGAGACAGGAGAAAACUUCACCACCAUCAUCUGGAUCCCACGUCAGAACCAGCGAGAUGUGGAGUUUGCAGUCCACGUUAUGAGCAAAACAGACAAAGGACAAUGGCGUGAUGUAGGAAAGGCCAGUUCUGGCCAGGGCUCAUACAGCAUUCCAGAUUUGCAGCCAGGCAAGCAGUAUCGUGUUCGGCUGGUGAAAAUACACCGGACUGGGGAUGUUCAAAUCAUCUGGGAGUCAGACGUGGAGACCAGUGGUGUGGUUGAAGAGACAAAUAACUUUGCUGCAGAGGGUUGGUUCAUCGGCUUCAUCAGCGCCAUUGUCCUCCUCAUCCUGGUUCUGGUGCUCCUCUGCUUCAUCAAGCGCAGCAAGGGCGGCAAGUACUCGGUGAAAGACAAAGAAGAUACCCAGGUGGAUUCCGAGGCCAGGCCCAUGAAGGAUGAGACCUUUGGAGAAUACAGGUCCCUGGAGAGUGACAAUGAGGAGAAGCCCUUCACCAGCAGCCAGCCUUCCUUGAAUGGUGACAUCAAGGCUCUGGGGAGUGAUGAUAGCUUGGCAGACUAUGGGGGCAGUGUGGAUGUCCAGUUCAAUGAGGACGGCUCCUUCAUUGGCCAGUACAGCGGCCAAAAAGGCAAAGAUGGAGGUGGAAAUGACAGCUCUGGGGCUACCAGUCCUACCAAUGUGGUCACUGCCCUGGAAUAAGUGGAGGCAUUUUCCCAAAGGAUAACCCCCCCCCCCCAGCCCUGGGGAAGAGGAUUUCCCUAUGGAUUGCUGGGGGCAGGGGAAGUGAGCACAGGGUUAAUCACCUCACCCAGGCAAAGAAUCAAAGAAUCAAUGUUCCUCAAAUGGAAAUAGUAAUUGGGGGAAUCCACCCCUUUGUUUACUGGCUAACCCCACCCCAAAAACUAAUCAGGGAGGGUUAGAAAAUCAGGGGAUUCCUCAAAUGAUCCACCUAAAAAAGUAUCUCAUUUCCACACCUUCCCUGCAAACCAGUUAUCCUUCAGCCAAACUAUGUCCAUGUUUUGUGUGGUGGGAAGGGGAGGGGAGGGAGAAAGGGAGGGGCAUAUGAUAUGAUUCAAGGUAUGAGCUUCUUGGCUUCAUAAGAGGGGAGGGACUCAGGUUUCAAAAUUGCCAAAAGAGCAGAUGACCCCCUUCUCAAGACCCUCAAAUAUUCAUUCUUUGCUCAUGUUCAAGAAGGGGAUGUUAGAUGGUGCUGCAAUGUCUAAUCCCAACCCAAAUCAGGACAGGAGACAAAACAGAUGGUGACCUGAAAGGAAUGGGAGCCAAGGAACAGGGAAUCCUUUCUCUGCCUCUGAGUGAAAGGGUGGCUCGAAAGGAUUAGGAGCCAGAAGUUGUGGCUGUGCAAAAGGAAGGAAAACCACUGGGCUGGAAGCCAGAAAGGGUCUGAGCCUUUCAGUUUUGCCAUUUACCACCUUCUCAUGGAUUCAGCUAAGGGUGGUCUCCUGAAGUUUCGUUUAGAGGGGCAGGGAUGCUCCAGCCAAAUCUUCUGAGCACCUCUCUGUUGAUCUGUCACUUUUUCUUUCCUUUAUUGCUCAUUUUCUAAACAGGCCUUGCCAAGGCAGCAGUUCUCUCAGAAUAGUAGCUUUCAUACUUUUUACCUAGAGGAAACCCUUUCCAUGUCUGCUCAUCCACUAAGAUGCUCCCACCCGUCAGCCAUGGAAGUUGGGACCUAUUCUGCAUCCGGGAGGGACAUUGACCAGUUGGUCCUGUUGAGCAUCCUUGUUACUUCACAUUAAAUGACUCUGUACUUGGACAUUGCCCUGCCAUUAAAGUAGUGCUUGUUUACCAUGACCCGUAUAAAAGGGUCUAAUCAAUUGCCAAGAGAUCCUCAAGGUAUCCUAGGACCCAGUUUGAGAACUGCUAUGAAAACCUGCUCUCCUGGUGCUGAACAGCCCACUUAGAAUGAUCUCUCUGUCUUUUCUGUCGUGUUAAUUAGCAUCUCCUCUUUCAUCAGAUGAUCAAGAUCAAGUUCUUUCCACUAGGCCACAUCCCACCAUUUGACAACCUCCUCCUCCUCCUCCUCCUCCCCCCCACCCCAUCUCCAGUCCCAACCCUCCCCUCGAACAGCAGAAAAAAACCCAGGACCCUCCCUGCUUCCUGAAUGCAUCUCACGCAGCUGCCUUGCAACACACUCUUGUCUUUCAAAAGUGGCUUCUUGUUCACAGAAUCAACCCCUACCCCAUUUCCACCUCCGUCUAUUGUAAUUAUGACUAUUUUUUCUCUUGCUUGUCGGGGAUGAAAUGAAUCCUUGCUUUUUUUGCAUACAAAGUUUUCUAAAAUAAUAAUAAAAAAUAAUAAAAGUACUCUGGUGUUUUGAGCAGCCCUGCACAAAAUCGAUCCUGCCUUUUUCCUCUCUGUAAAUAUUUCAAACUCUUGUGCUUGAGUUUGUUUUAGAUGUCUUAGGACUGGUGUUUUUGAAGUCUUUUAGUGGGUCUAUUAAGGUGGCUUGGAAUUAAAAAGAGAAAAAAAAAUGAAAAAAGCAUUUUAAACGGUCCUCUUUCUCCUGAAAUGUGAUACCAUUUCCACCUAUCCAUCCUCCCUGCCCUAUGUAUUCUCUUUUGUCAGGCCUGUUGCGAUCUAACUUUCUCUCUU